AUGGGGGAACCCGAGUCGAAGACGGUCCACGUGGUCGAGGACGACUUAAACGCUGUUGGUUGGGAAGGCCCAGAUGACCUCGAGAAUCCCCAGAACUGGCCAGCCAAGAAGAAAUGGGCAAACGUGGCGGCUUUAUCCAUCAUGACCAUUCUCACGCCUCUGGGCUCGUCCAUGUUCGCUCCUGGCGUCCCAAACAUCAUGCGCGAGUUCCAGUCGACCAACGAGAACCUUGCCACGUUUGUCGUGUCCGUCUAUGUCGCGGGCUUCGCCUUUGGACCUCUGCUGGCCGCGCCUGCGAGCGAGAUCUAUGGACGCGCCAUAUGCUACAACAUCGCCAAUGUCGCAUUCAUCGUCUUCUCCGUGGCCACGGCUCUCAGCAAGGAUAUGGGCAUGUUGAUCGGCUUCCGCUUCCUCAUGGGGUUCGCCGGCUCGACGCCCAUCACCAACGGUGCGGGAACGGUCUCUGACAUGUUCCCGGUCGAGCAGAGGGGCAAGGCCAUUGCCAUCUGGGCCAUGGGUCCGCUCCUCGGCCCAUGUAUUGGACCUGUUGCUGGAGGUUACAUUGUGGAGAGCUUGGGCUGGCGCUGGGUGUUUUGGAUCAUCGCCAUUGCGGCCGGGGCAAUCUCAAUAGCCUGCUUCUUCCUGGUGACGGAGACAUACCACCCUGUCCUCCUUCACAGAAAGACCAUGCGUCUGCAAAAGGAAACUGGGAACCUCGAUCUCUACUCCAAGCUCCAAGAUCGUUCCGUCACGCGCCCUCAGUACUUCAAGCUGUCCAUGGUCAGACCGCUCAAGGUUCUGUUCAUGUUGCCGCCCGUCAGCAUCAUGGCGCUCUACAUCGCUCUCGUCUCGGGGAUCAUGUACUUGCUCUUUGCGACGUUCACCUUUGUGUUUGGGCAGCAGUACAUGUUUUCGACAGGGAUCGUGGGUUUGUCGUACAUUCCAACAGGCGUGGGUUGUAUCAUUGGCAUGAUCUUCAACGGCGCCAUGACCGACAUUUUCAUCAAACGCAAACUGGCCAAAGGAGAGGAGCCGGUCCCCGAGGACAGGAUCCCACUGAGUCUGACGUUGAUGGCCGGGACCAUUAUCCCCGUGUCCAUGUUCUGGUACGGAUGGUCCACUGAGCAUAAGGUGCAUUGGAUAUGUCCCAUGAUUGCGACCGCAGCCUUUGGGUUCGGCAUGAUGGGCGUCAUGAUGUGCAUUCAGAUUUACCUCAUUGACAGCUACGUCCGAUAUGCUGCUUCUGUGGUCGCGGCUAUCACCGUUCUGCGAUCGAUCGUGGGAGCUCUGCUACCCCUGGCCGGUUUGUCUUUAUACGAUAACCUGGGCUAUGGAUGGGGGAAUAGCAUUUUGGGCUUCGUCGCGAUACCCUUGGCAAUUGUGCCUGUUGUUAUGUUGCGAUUUGGCCCAGCGAUUCGACAAAAGUUCAACCAUGUCAAACUUUGA